AUGUUCCCGAAUAAAAGACACUCGGCCCCUUCUGCCGACAACAGCAACACACGAAUCCCCCUAUUGCCCUCGGCUGUCUCCAGCAACGUGGUCCGGGCCGCCAGAAUCGGCGGCUCCGUGCUCUCGGGAGCCCUUAGCACCGCCAACCGUGCCAGCAACCUCCUGUUGUCCGUCCGACAUGGCCUGUCUAGCUCACAGCGGCAGGAGGCCCGCCGCCGCGAGGAACGCAUGGCCGAGCUGGCCGAGCAGAUGCGUAAUGCCAAGUCGCUGAAAGACUGGGAGCAGGCGGCCAAGGAGCUCGACAUGCUCGAAGGCAACGAGGCCUGGAAGGAGGACGACGACGACCCCGAGUACAAUGCCCAGGAAAUCCGCCAGGCGCUGGACGAGCUGCUCGAAGCCCGUAGCAAGCACGACCGCGAGCACCAGCUGUACAUUAUCAAGACGGGCCUGCGGCGUGACCUCGGCCGCAUGCACCGCCGCGAGCUGUGGUGCCACUCGUACAUCGGCACGAAGCGCCUGAUCGAGCGCUACACGAGCACCGUUAUUGAAACUAUCGAGCAGAUUGUUGCCGAUGCCCUGGAUCGCGACAAUGAAACCGCGAUGGUCUUGAUGCAAGAUUUGACCGAGGCCCGAGCUAACUAUGGCCGCACUGCUCUCUGCCUCAGCGGCGGCGCGACCCUCGGUAUGACGCACAUCGGCGUGUGCAAGGCGAUGUACGAGUCGGGCCUGCUGCCCUACAUUAUUUCUGGGGCGUCGGCCGGCUCCAUCAUCGCCGCUGUACUGUGCUCCAAGCGCGAGGAGGAGUACGAGAGCCUGAUCCAGGAGUUUCCCUACCGCGACCUGGACGUUUUCUCUCCGAAGGACGCCACGUGGGCCGAUUACUUCCGAACCAUGAUCUCCCAGCGCGCCGUCUGCGACAUCCAGGGCCUUAUCCGGGUCAUGCGCAGCUGGCUGGGCGAUACUACGUUCAUCGAGGCUUAUCAUCGGACUCGCAGGAUCUUGAAUAUCUGUGUCACUCCGAAGGAAAAGCACGACUUGCCGACGUUGUUGAACUAUCUUACCAGUCCUCACGUUUUGAUAUGGUCGGCCGUGGCCGCCUCGUGCAAUCUACCCCCAGUCUUCAAGUCGAUUCCCUUGAUGAUGAAAGACCCCUCAACCGGCGAGUUUCUCCCCUGGCAGCCCCCGCCGCGCGACUACAUCGACGGUUCCUUCCAUCACGACGUCCCCAUGGCCCGUCUGGCCGAGCUUUUCGGCGUCAGCCAGCUCGUAGUCUCCCAGGUGAACCCCCACAUCGUGCCGUUUCUGGACCAGAACGACAUGCUCGAGCCGAGCGACAGCCCUCGACAACGCAAGCCGGGAGAGCGGGGCUUUAACGUGAGCAAACUCGCUACCAAGGUCAAAGAAAUGGCCGUCGACGAGAUCUGCCAUCGCAUCCGCACCGUGCGCGAGGUCACCCCCCUCCCAUACGGCGUCGACAACUUCCUCGACAAGUUCCACCGCAUCAUGUCGCAGAACUACCACGGCGAUGUGACCAUCUGGCCACGGCCCAGCUUCAGUGACACCAUGCGGCUGAUUGCCAAUCCGGAUCCGAGUUUCAUGCUGCGGCAGUGUGAGGUCGGUGAAAGGGCUGCUUGGCCCAAAAUGAGUCAGUUGAGGGUUAAGCUUGGGAUUGAGAUGGCGCUGGAUCGAGCAGUCAUGGUGCUACGGGAUAAGGUGUUUUUCACGCAGAAUGCGGCGGAUCUGAGGAGGAAAGAAGCUGGUGUGCCGGAUCUGGUGUCGCCGGAGCCGAGGUUUGUCAAGGUUGUGCGGCGGCCGAAGGUCAAGAGUGAAGUCGACGAGGAGGACGAAGAGAGUCCUGAGGAGUGGGUGCUGGGGCCAAAACGGCACUCGUGGUCUUGUCUUCGGUUUGCGGUGCAGAGCGACUUUUCACCGUUCGCCACGCCGGAGGUCAGUCCGGAGGGGACGGACGAGGAGAAACCUAACGAAGAAGAGGAGGAUGGGCUGUGGAUAGAUUUCUCGCGCCAGAGGAAGAGACAGAAGGAGAGGAGCAUGAUGAUGAUGAUGAUGAUGAAGAUGGGGAAGAGGAAGGCAUACUCGGCGCAUACCUCGCCUGUGAGGAGGAGUAAGUCGAUCGCGCAGCUUUGGAGUCCGGAGGUCAUCGAGAGGUUGGCGAAGACGAAGUUGAGGCCGUUUGAGCCGGGGGAGUUGACGAUGCCGCCUUUGAGGGGGGAGGUGGGGGUUAGGGUUGGGGGCGUGAAUACCGUGAACGGGUUGAGCACUAGUGAGGAGGAGGGUGUUUGGAAGAGAAAACGCAGGGUCAGUUUUGCGGAUGAGAGAGGGGGAACAUUGGAGAUGGGGCCUACUCCGGUCGGAACGGAAGCUCAGCCCGGGAAUCGGAGGGCCAGUGUCGAGAGAAGAAGAGCGUCCGUUGGGCAGGUCUCUAUACCUAUUGUGACUCCCAAGCGCAGGACGGCGAGCGUUGAGGAGCCGGGUGAGAGCUCUGAGAUGGCUGCUGCGAGGGCGAGAGCUUCCGGUCGCAGGAGCUUUGUGCCUGACGAAGACGAGGCCUGUCUUGAUGGCGUUGUCGAACGGCAGGGCUGUCUAGGGCCGAUUGUUGAGGCAAGCUUCGAGUCUAGCAUGUCCUCUACCCCAGGGCAGCGCUCUACCAGCGGGGAGCCCUCCAACAGCCCACCUCUCUUGGUGCAAGCUAGCGAAUCCUCCCCCAGCCCGACGUCUUCUGGGAUAGAUAAGAUCACCUCCACCUCUGGAACGACCUCGGGCUCGACGUCGACGGACUCAUCUGCUAGGAUCAUGUCCCUCAAUCGUGACAUCAAACUACCCCUCUCACCUCCCCCGCCGCGGCCGCGGUCCCCGCCGUUGGAACUGAUGUGGGGCGAGGACGGGUCCAGCGAUGUGGACUUGGAAUCGUUUGUAGGUGAUCCCGAUCCGUAUCAUGAGGAUGAGGGGAUGUCGGGGAACUCGGUGGGGCCUUGGUUUGAUGGCGAGGAGGGAGAGGAUGGGGGGGACUGGCAUGGAGUUGCUGCGGAACCUGCCGGCACCGGUAAAAGGGGGGUGGUCAAGCAAAAAGAGGAGAGGGGGGUAAGGGCGAGACUACCGGUGUGGAGUGCCCCGGAUUGGGUUGGAGAGGCAAGUGAGGACGGGAAGGCGGAUGAGAUGUCGGAGGUUAGUCCUCUGACUACUGAUGUGCCGGGGCGGGAUAAGCAGAGGGUGCCGAGUUUGGUGGUUACUCCUGCUUCUCUGCCGACCUCUCCUCCUCAGGAGGGUUUUGCAAAGCAAAAUAGUGACUCCUACAAGCCGGAAGAAAAGCCCCAACCAGGCGAAGUGGUCGAGAGAGAAAGAGAAGCAUCGACCGUGGGCGAGGAGGUAUUUGAGGAUGCUGAGGAGUGGCUUUCUCCUGGUCCUGAUCCGGAGCCUAAGGCUGAUGAGCCCAAACAUGAAACGGAGGUUGGGGAGAGUGAGAAAAACGCGACCACGGGGAAGAAGAGGGAAAGGGAGAAAAGGAAGCUGGCGCAGGAUGAGUGGGAUGAUCUCUUUGGUCCGGGGUUGUAG